AUUUUUUCCCUUUGCCCUUGUCUCUUUUGAGUGAUUUGAGUAAGGCAUAGUUAAGCAUACGCCAUAGCACACACCAUGCAAUUCAUCAAAUCCAAGUCCAUAGCUCAAUCUUGCUUCAACUUCACACGCUCAUUCUCCGAUUUUUCAUCUCUCUCCAAUCUCUUACAAGGACGCAUUCCCCAUAAUCACCUUCUACAAAUCCACGCUCGGGUUUUCCGUAUUGGUGCUCACCAAGAUAACCUCAUUGCCACUCGCCUUAUUGGUCAAUACCCUUCAAAUAUUUCCCUCCGUGUACUUGACGGCCAGUUAAAAAAACCCAAUCUUUUCCCCUUCAACGCCAUUAUCAGGGUUCUUAGUGAAGAGGGAAAUUUCGCUGACGCAUUCUUGGUUUUUAACAAGUUAAGAUAUUACUCCCUUUUGCCUAAUCAGUUGACCUUUUCAUUCAUUCUUAAAGCUUGUUCUCGUUCUGGGAAUUCAUAUUAUGUUCAACAGGUUCAUUCCCUUGUUCUAAAGUUGCGUCUUGGUGAUGACCCAUCUGUCUGUAAAGGGUUGUUAAGUGUUUAUGCUAGGAGUUUGAGAGAGUUGCAUUCUGCGCGUAAGCUAUUUGAUGAAAUGCCUGAGAAGGAUGUUGUUUCUUGGACUUGUUUGAUUUCUGGGUAUGCCAAGUUGGGUUUGUCUGAGGAAGCUUUAUGUCAUUUUUUAUCUAUGGUAAAGAAGAGCUUGAUUCCUGUAAAUGAUACUAUGAUUAGUGUGUUAUCUGCAUGUUCAAAACUUGAUAUGUCAAAUAUUGAGAAAUGGAUUGGGAACUUUUUGUAUGAUUUAGGAAGUUCUGGACGUGACUCGGUUAGCAUUGUUCUUGUUUACUUGUAUGGAAAGUGGGGAAAGGUUGAUAAGAGUAGGGAAAUAUUUGAACAGAUUUCUGGUGAUGGGAAGAGAAGUGUGCUUCCAUGGAAUGCUAUGAUAGGCGCAUAUGUUCAGAAUGGCUGUGCUCUGGAGGGUUUAAGUCUUUUCCAGUUGAUGAUGGAGCUUAAUUGUUGUUGCCCCAAUCAUGUGACAAUGGUUAAUGUGCUUUCAGCUUGUGCUCAAAUUGGUAAUUUGUACCUUGGUUUGUGGGUUCAUGAGUACAUGAAAGGUAGUAGGCAAAAAGGGGUUUUACUUUCAAAUGCAAAUCUUGCAACUGCUUUGAUAGAUAUGUACUCCAAAUGUGGGAGUUUAGAGAAAGCAGGAGAUGUUUUUGACCAAUUGGUUGUAAAAGAUGUUGUUUCAUUCAAUGCUAUGAUCAUGGGUCUUGCAAUAAAUGGUAAAGGCAUGGAGGCGUUAAAACUUUUCUCGCAAAUGCUUGAGCUUAAUUUGCGUCCGAAUGCUAGAACAUUCCUUGGUUUGCUAUGUGCUUGCAGUCACUCAGGUUUGACAGCUGAAGGCCGUCAGAUAUUUAAGGAAAUGAGCCAAUGUUUUUGUAUUGCUCCUAGAUUGGAACAUUAUGCUAGUUAUAUUGAUCUCCUCGCUCGAGUAGGUUAUGUUGAGGAAGCACUUCAAGUUGCUACCUCAAUGCCUUUUAAACCCAAUAAUUUUGUGUGGGGAGCUUUACUUGGUGGCUGCAUGCUGCAUAACAGAUUGGAACUAGCCCAAAUUAUUUCCUCCAUUCUUGUUGAGAUGGACCCUGACAAUUCUGCUGGCUAUGUGAUGUUGUCCAAUACAUAUGCCAGUGAUCAACGCUGGAGCGCUAUUUCACGACUGAGGUUGUCAAUGAAGGAAAAGGGAGUAGCAAAGGUGCCAGGAUGUAGUUGGAUUAACAUUGCCGGAGUAGUGCAUGAAUUUAUGGUUGGGUCCUCCUCACAUCCUCAGAAUGAAAGCAUGCAUAGCAUAUUGCAGGUGUUACUGAAGGAGAUGAAGCUAGCAAGUUUUUAGACAACUCACAAGCAUAUUCUCGUUCAGGAGUUACUAUGAGAAGCACGCUCUUUCCACCAUAUGGGUUUGCAGACAUAAAGAAUGGGCCCGGUGGGAUAGAGCUGCAUUAAAGAUCUCUGUUGUUUGGGAAGGAUAUGUGGUCUCUCUGGAAGACACUAGGCUAGUGGAUACUGUCGUUUGGUUUCAUAGGGCUAUCUAUUUGCAGCAUUGACUGUCACGAUAUUCUCUUGGAAAUAACUCUUCCACUACAUCAUUGCAUCUCUUUUUAGCAGCAGCUAGUCCCAAUAAAUGUGGUAGAGCCUUUGUCUUCAGCUGAUGCAUGAUUCUGCUGUGUGAUCCUUCAAUUUUGUUUCCCCGAUACAACAAUGGAGUUAUUUCUGGACUUCAUAUGGCUGCCUUCAUGCACUUUUUCGACCAGUAACAUCAGGAUACUUGUUUGGGCUUCCUGAUACAGUCAGAACAAUUUUGAAAGUCUAGGAAGAAGCCCGCACAUGUGGAGCAUUAGUUGCCAUCACAGCAUCAGAUGUGUCCUACAUUGAGAGACAUUAUGAUGAUUACUGAGCAUUUUCUACUCGAUAUUCAUCAGAUUUUGGGAACUGUCGAGGAAUGGUAGAUGAACUUUCUGUCUCAAAGCCUAAUCUGUUCUAGCCAAGAGGCCAAGCAAGUAAAUGAGUUUGGGGCAGUAUUUCAGCUUCCACAUUUGUGAGGUGAAUCUAGAUUCUAACCAACCAUUUCAGGUAUGAGUUGAUAAAUAAUGUUACUAAGACUUUUGCGUAAAGGAAAUCAUGCAAAUAAAGCAGGUGGAUAUUAUAAUGAGCCAAGUUAAUUCUCUUGCUAUUUUUUUAAAUUAGUACGUCACCAUAAAAGGCAAAAGAAAAGACAUGCAAUAGAUAAACACUUUUGUAACUGGUUAUGAAUUUAAUGUCAUGUUUCUGACUUAAUACGUCAGCAGAAGAAAGUUACAAGAUGCAUAAUGUAAACAUUAAGUAUAUGUUUUGACCCUCAAAAAUAAUAUUUUUUGCUUAGAAAAAGAAUGAAGAUAAUUUUUAGUCAUCUUUAAGUGUUAAUCGUUUGGUUUAUCUAACAAGAUUGAUAGCUUGUUUGGCUAAGCUUCUCCAUAGCCAAAAGUAGUUUUUUAUUUUUUUUUAUUUUUCUUGUAACUUGUCGUGUUUGGCCAAGUUUUUUGGGGAAGAAAGUGCUUUUGAGUAGAAAUAAAAGCAGUUUUGGAGAAGCAAAAAGAAUUAGGUCAAGCUUCCGGGAGGUCAAAAGUAUUUUUUUCUCCCAAAAAAGUACAUUUUUUUAACUGUUUGGCUAAGACGGAGAAGUACUUUUGGCCAGCAGCAGUAGUUUUUCUGCUUUUGGGAAGAAGCACAAAAUUCUAACUUCUUCCAAUAAGCAGAAGAUUAAUUUAUUCAAGUCAAACUUACUGAUUUAAGCCUUUUCUUUUCUUUUUUGUUUCUGAUUUCUACCAUUCUUUUAAAAUUAGAGAUAUCAAAUAUAUGAAUAUAUUGUAACUCUUUUUUGACUUUUCUUGUUUUUGGUUUUCUCUUUGUGUAAUGUCUUGUAGCUUUUCAAAUUAUUUUUUUCUUUUUUCACAUUAAAGCAAAGUAUCUACAUCCUUCUUUGGAUUAUCAAUUCUCUUCCUACAAAUAAACAUUUAUAAUUUUUUCUGUUACAGGCUAUUAAUUCCCGAAUAUUUAAAACAAUUAUCAAAUCUAUUGUGAAAAUUACCUACAAAUAGGUAAUAAAUUUACAAUUGCAUCGCAUAAUUUAUAUCUAUAUAUUAUUAAAAGAAGAAGAAAAAGCCUCCACAUUAAACCAAGUGGCAGUCUCACAAUAUGUCACUUGGCAAUUUAGAACAAAGUUAGUUAGGUUAGGUAAUAAUUAGUUUUUUUUUUUGGAUUAGAUUUUAAAUAAAGUUAAAUUAUGUAUGAUGUGCUGUUAAUAAUUAGUUACUCUUUUUGAAUUUGAAUUUAAACAUACUUUUUUUUUUACUAGAACAAUAUUUUAUAUAUAUUUAAUUUCUAUUUUACGCUCAAUGUCCUCUUUCAAGUUUGACACUUAGAAUUAUUUGUUAUAACUACUAUGGCUAUACAUAAUUUCAUCUGAAGAUAUUCUUCUACUGAUAAGGAAUUCAACUAUUAUGCCAAUGAAAAUAUUACUGCAGAUACAGAGGAAGAAUAUGGGCCUUCUGGUAUUCCUUUAGAAAUGCAAGACAAGUCUUUUACUAGUAUAAGAGGCGUUGUGUGAUAGAAUUAAGGAUGAAAUUAUUGAGAAAUAUUAUCAUGUGCGAGUGGCUUUGCUUAUUAUUUCAUGUUGGAUUAUCAAUAUAUAGUAAUUUGUGGAAUAUACUUCUAAUUCAUACUGAGUGAUGACAAUA